UAUAAAUACUUACAAAAUAUUUUAUUUGGUUAUAAAAAUGCAUUCAAAUAACACUUGAGUUGCCAGAAGCAGCCCCUAAAGAACUGGCAGGGAUCAAAUUUAUUGUGUAGGACACAAAACAUUUAAACAAGGCAUACCUUGUUUAGAUCAAGAGAUGCACUGAAGGCAGUAUAAAUCAGUUCAUUAAUAUUGCUCAUGAAAGUCUGCUUCCCAGAUCAACGAUGAAACAUAACCACUGGACUCUUCCAUAAGGCAUGAAAUCUUGCCCUUUUUGAGAAACAAUUUUAUGGUAUUUUUCAAACCAUAAAUGAUUGCCAGCGAUGUGAAUCUGAUUCCUGGGAAUCUGAUUACUAGGAAAAGAAUGACCAUUUACAGCCUUCUGUGUUUUGAACAUGGGUAUAUAAUGGUUAUGUGAUCUGCUGAAAUUAUUUUGGGAGGCACUGCCGUUUUCGGAGAGCGCUGCCUUUUUCCUGGACAAUUUGGCAUCUAAAACAUCUAUCCGUGAGUACCCGAUCCUGGAAGAGCUGAACUACUUUUAAGAUUGGUGAAUAAAUAAAUAACAUUGGACUUAAACUUGAAAUUGAAUUUAAUUGGGACUCGGAACGGAAAGGUCUAAACAGGAAGUCGCCUUCCGUUCUUUUGUUACGUGAAGAAAGCAAAGACAAAUUAUACUAAAGCCUGAAAACUAAAUUCUGAGAGAACUAAAAUUCAACAUCUAAGAUUUCUGAACCCCCUUUGAUUGCAGGAGAAGAAGGGGUUGUUUUGAUCUUUUCAACCCUGCGGAAGUGAGUUUAAAAUAAAGUAAUUUUCCACCGCCCUGAACCAGGAGCGGGCUGUCAGAACUGACGUUUUGAAGCUUAUCCAGCUCGACAGAUAGUUAAAAGAAGGGUAACAUUUUGAUUCUACUGUUGCCUCUUGAAUUUGAAAGGGGGAAUUUUGGAUAAAGUGUUUCUGGAAAAAGAAAGAUUGUUACUGUUGUCUUUCCCCCUCUUAAAAAAUAAUAAUAAAAAAAAGGGUUUUCCAUCUAGUGGAACUGAGUGAAAUUGCAAUGCAGAGAGUUUAAAAGAGAAGGAUCAUUCUCGUGGGAAAGAAUUUUUUCUGACCUUGAAGGACAAUGCUUGUACAAAGGCUUGAACAAGUGUUCCUGGAAGGUUUUGCAAAAUUAAGUGCCCAGCUGGACCAGAUGCGUCAGGAGUCGACCUUGAUGAGGACGGAAGUUACCAGAGCACAGCAGCAAACAAAUGAAAUUCAGUUAAAGUCUAUACAAGUAUAUGAACCUGCUGUAGCGACGGAGGCUUCAGAGAUGGAGGGACCUAUGGAUGGGCAAGAUCAGUCUUUGAACUUGAUAAAUGAACUUGGGACAAACCUGAUUCGGAAAGAUGAAAUGUGGUCAGAUUUGGAAAUGGGGGGAUGGAUUGACACCCUCUAUAUGGUUAUUUGGACUUUCCGAGUCUAGUGAUGGGCCAUCAGAGGAAUGGAGUAGUCGAAGUCUCCAAGUUUUGUGGAAAUUGGAAGUGGUAUUAUCUGCUGUCUGGCUUGGGUAAUGGGUUUGGGAUGGACUUGCUGCAAAGAGUCAAAAGCACCUUCUUGCUGGAGUAUCCACGACUGAAAGGGAAAUAUCAACAAGAGUGGCGAAAGGGGCAAGAAAGAGACUUGAGGGCCUCGGAUACGAGACAACCAGGUUAAGGAGCUGGAUUAUUGAGGUUAAAAGGACUGACAAUCCCAGGUCCAGGGGGGGGAGGCUGGAAGUUGACUGGAUUGAAUCUGACUUAUUGUUUUUGCUUUCUUAUUUUUAAUAUUGGGAAUGUUUAUAAAUGUUUGAAGGAUGUUGAAUGAAAUUAUAUGACUUAAGUAAGGAUUGGUAAAUGAUUUGAAAAAGGUAAUGAUGUAAGAAUUUGCUAAAUAUUGAAUAUAAGCUUUGAGUUUUAAAGUUUUUAUAUGACAAGAGGGAAAAUAGAAUAAGGAAACGCAAUGAUAGAUUGUUAUGAUAACAGAAAGGAUUUGCUGUAAAAAUUAAAUACUAAGAAACAAGAGAGGGAAGGAGGAGGAAGUCUAGAAAGGAAGUUAAUGGAGAUCGUAAAGGAUUUUAUAUUUCUGUUUUUCUGUUUUUCUUUUUUUCUUUUUUGCGGCUGGGUUUUUUCUUCUUUAUUAUUUUUGUAUUAUUUUUGGUUUUAUUUGUAUUUUCAAACUUUUUUGGAAAUUUUUGUUGUUACUUGUUACUUUUUGAAAAUUUAAUAAAUAUCAAUUCUAAAAAAAAAAAAAAAUGAAAUUAUUUUGGGAGGGGCCAUGUAACAGAACAACAGCAACUCAGUUGCCUAACACGUGAUAGUGUUUGGCAUGGCAUUCUUGCAUAUAUUAUGGGGCUUUCAUAGACAAAAUCCCACCCCCUCACUAGCCGACUCUUUGUGCCCUGAGCAGCCGCAACAGCCAUGGGUUAAGUGUUCUGUUAUGCCCCAUUCUCAGAAAACUAAGUAAGCUAUAUGCCUCAUUACACUACUAUUCCAAUCACAUAGCGACUCUGGCUCUUGAAGUUGAUUGAUGUUGUCUACUGUGUGAAAAUUGCUCACAUGCCAAGAUCAAGGGCAUACAACUGCAUCUAGCCACCUAGAACUGGGCCAAAGAAACCCAAUGCCUGAAAACAAGGUUAUGUUCAAAAGCAGCUCUGACAGUGCCAAUUAAGUAGGAAGCCAUGGGCUCCAGAAAAAGGGCUGCUAGCAGCCAAAGGAAUGCGCCCUACUCAUAAUGCCAGAGCAGCUGGAAUCAUGGAAGUUAUAUUGGCGGGGCUGUUUGCAUCCUUUUGUCCUACCCUAAGUUCACGUUGCUGCCCUUGAACAGAGUUAAUUUGUGUGCAGAUCAUAAAAUGCUAAAUCAUACUCCCAAGCUCUCAUUAAAGAAACACAGGCAGAUGUAACCCAGAACCUUCUGCCUUUGAAGGCAACAGGGUGCCACAGAAACUGUGUGCUGACAUGGGCUAAUCCAGCUCCAGGGAGGAACUGAGCUCCAUGGAUUACUUUGAUCUUCCUAGCCUGAAGGGGAAAAAAAUCGCCUUCAUUCGGAAUGUAAAGGGAAUGUAUCUGUUUUCUCUCCUGGCAACUGACUGGAUAUGGGAGAGCCACAUCCAUCAAUCUCACCCCCAAGCUGGGAUUCUUCCAUGCUGAACAGAAUUCCUGAAUCAACAGGCCCAUGCGAAAGAUUCCCUAUGUGAAGCUUCUAAAUAAAAGUUUUCUGCAGAAAUGAGAGAAGACACCAACCGUGGAGCUCUUGAGGAAUUGAGAGCAUAUUCAGGGAGCUGCAUACAAUUGCUAGGUGCUGAGAAAGGAGAGUAAGGUUUCCUAAAGUAUCAUCAUUAUAUAGAGCAAUACUUUAGAAUCAGUUAGCAUUGCCCUCUACAUAGCUGUUAUAACUUUGGAAAAACAAUUUUGUGCCUGUGGAAACUGACGGUGCCAAGUAUGAUUUGAAGUCGGAACUUCACUGCCGCAAAUCUAUGCUAGAAAAUGCACUACUUGGAGCUACCUUUUGCCAGAAUAAAUUGAAAGAUUUGGUUAGGUUGUAUCUAAUGUUGUCCGUGCACAAAUGGAAGAGACUUCUACUCAUACAGCAGGACUCCACCUUACUCUUCUCCCCCUGCAGUUCCCUACACCCUCAAAUUUGGCUCUGGAAAGAGCAGAUUUUGGGGUUGCAUGGCAGGAAGAAAAGCUGAAGUCCAUCUACACCCGUGAAAGUCCACACAAGCAGUGCUGGAUUCUGCCCUCAGUAUUAUCUUGAGAACAAACACUAACCCUGAAGUGUUGGGUUCCCUCCAAACUGGUGCAGUUGUUUUGCAAGGAACCCCAGUGUGAUGUAUCAAUUACUCAGUUUGGGAGGCGCUUCCACAAACGGGGUUUGUGAUGCAACAUGACUGCAAAACUUUGGCACCGGUUUGGAGGGGAUCCCAAAUUUUGGGAUUUGUAGUUAAUGAAGUUCAAACACUAUAACAGGAAAAGGUGGCUUUUCAAGAUUAGAGUGCUUAUACUUUAAUAGUCAUGCGGAUGAGGGGGGUUAUUUGUUUAGGUACAGAUUUUCAAUUAUGCAACUUGUAAAAGGUAUACUUGGAAGUAUAUGGCAGCGCUGCCUUGAGACCCACACAGACACCCAUGACCCAAUAUGCAAUUCUGAUGACUUACAAAAUACUAGAUAUUGUCUUAUUUCUGGUGCAUUUAAGGUGGUUUGUUUACAAUACAGAUGGCUUGCUGCACUCCAAGUGGACGUGGGGGGGGGGUGGAGAAAGACAGAAUAAAGCUUAGAAAGCAACAGCACUGUAAUUUGGUGGUACAGGCCCUGUCAAAUCAUUUCUUGAUAAAUUUAGCUUCACAUUUUUAAAGAAAUGUUAACGGUAAUUUUAGAAGACACAUUUUAAUACAGGAGUAUCCUGCACCUAAAAAACUAGCAAGUAUCUUUCAGAACAAAACAAUUAUCAUCUUAAGAGACCAAACACAAUGGAACACCAUUAGAUUCAACACAAAAUUCUCAAAUCUUGUUUAGCCUGAUGGGAAAACCUUCAAGAGCUUGACAUCAUCUACUGGACGAUCUUGUGCAUUGGUUUCCACCAUGCCCACUCUGUUGACUAUGCCAAUUCCUUGGCAAAUACGUCCAAAUAUAGUGUGCUUCCCAUCAAGCCAUUGAGUUGGUGCUAACGUGAUAAAGAAUUGGCUUCCGUUGGUGUCAGGGCCUGCAUUUGCCAUAGCAAGAAUUCCUGCACCUAGAGAAGAAAAUCUUAUGUUAAAAUUGGCUUGGGAGUCUAAAGGUACCUAAAUACAGACAAAGUAAAAGGGAAAACCUUGGUUUUUUAAAUGCUACACCAGUCCUUAGAAGUGAUCAGGACUUUGUGACAGAGGUGCCUUACCUCCAAACCUCCAGGUAUUGCUGUACUGCAACUUCUAGCAUGCCUGAGCACUGGCCAUGCUGGCUAGGACUAAUGGAAGAUGAUCCAACAACAUCUGGAGUGCCAUAGGUUAGCCACCUCUACUCUAUGAGAUCAAUGGAACUUCUCUAUAGUGAAUGCAAGACUGUUCAUGCAUCCCAGCUGGCUCAGAUGGUUCCUGUCUCCCCUGCCCCAACAUACACACCACUGUCCACCUAUUCACUUUCUUUGGAAAAUCCAUUUGGAUGAAGUUUUCACUUCUAAACUAAGGCUGCUAGGAAAUGUAUGUGGUGUGUGUGUAAGGUGUAUAAACUUGAACAUAGAAGCCCAUUUCUUACAACAACAAUAUGGGAAAAGAAUGUAAGCUAUACUCUGUGAUGAGGACAGUUUAAUCUCCUUCCUGCUCCUGCAAACUAACCAAUAACUAAAUGAUUUUUUUUGAAAAAUGAUUUUUCAUAUGCAAAGUGGAAACCUAAUGAUACAUGAUUAUAUAGCAUAAGCAGUUAACAAAUUUAGAUGCCAAGUUUUACUGACUUAAGAUUCAAGCCAGGCUUAUGGCUCCAGAGGGCAAUAUCUAACACUGCAAGUAGAUUUCUGCUUGCACAAGAGCACUCUCUAUUCCUCUCCUCCCCACUCAAGUCUCCUGCACUCCCCCAAUCUUCCAGAGCAGAUUAUGGGAGUGUAGGAAGGGGGCUAGAGAAUAGGGGGUUGGACUCGAUGGCCCUUGUGGUCUCUUCCAACUCUAUGAUUCUAUGAUUCAUUCUGCCAACCACCAUGACCCUGAAGCUCUUGCACAGAAAGCAACUUUACAUCUGUAAGCUUGGAAACUGCCAUAUUCAGGUGGUGACAGACUUGGCCUGAAGAACUCGAAGCACCUCUCAAAAGAUUACCUACCUGUAAACUUUAGUUCUGGAUGGAGUUCAUCUUCGAAUUGCUUGCCAUAAAUGGAUGCUCCUCCUCUUCCUGUCACAGAACAAGACUAGGUAAAUCAAUUUGCAAAGUCACAGUUGGGACAAAGGUAUACUGAAAGUUCCUUGUGAAUGUGCAGUACCAGACCACCAAGAUCUCCUUUUAUUUUACUGGUAAGAGAGGAAGUGCUGACUAUCAGUGGAUAUCAUCAUAAUGCUUCUGAGUAAAGGGAGAGUAGCCAUCGGUUAAGUCAGAAAUCUUUAUGUAAUCUUACAGCAGGGGGUCAUUUGGCCUCACCAAGUGUGAUAAAUGUGUUCUCCCAUUCUUGCAGAACAUAACAAGAGCACUAUGCAGGAUUUGGGGGGAUGAUGAUGAUGAUGAUUGCAAGAUCUACUAUCCUAACAUCACCUUUACUAUUCACAUUAGUUUGCAUCAGCACUGAUUAACACAGUAUCUGAAGCAGGUACUUUGAAUAUAUUCUUACCAGUUCCUGUUGGAUCACCCCCUUGAAUCAUGAAGUCCUUGAUUAUCCGAUGAAACUUUGUGCCAUUGUAGUAACCUCGUCUGGCCAGUUCAGCAAAAUUUUUACAAGUUUUUGGUGCAUGUUUCCAGUAUAGCUCCACAACAAUGACGCCCAUUCUGCAAAACACAGGCAGAGGAGGAUUCCAAACACAUUUGUUACAUCACAUUGAUUCCGUGACAUCGAGGUGAAAAACCACUUCAUAUUACAAUCUAUCAAUUUUAUCAGGUUUGUUUUCAAAUCAAGAUGCAAAACAUUAAGAAUAGCAGCUUUAAAACCUGAUGAAGAUAAACAGCUUAGAUUUUUUAAAAACUGUGAAAGUGGGAGGUCUUUGCAUAGUACUGAAAUGAUAUCAAGGAGGGCACUAAGAUCACCCUAUUCAGGGGAAAAAAAUACAGGUCAGCUGCCACUAUUGGUAUCCACCAGCCACACCCUAGAUGACACAGGAACUGCACUUUUGAUAGGGACAGUAGGGCCCUCUGGCAGAAACAAUCCAUGUAGUCCUGUUCCUCCUCCUCUGUGUGAACUGACAUCCUACCUAUCCCAUCUCACCUCCAUCCUUGUGUGUUUCACAACAUAUUAUAUUACUGCAUCUUCAUAAUAGGCAAAUCUGCAUAUGUUGAGCUUCUGCCCAUCAUAAAGAUACUAAAGGCAGAGGAGCAUAAAAAGGAGGAAUAGGGAGCCUAUAAGUCUCCAGACACUGGAUUCCAACUCCUAUCGGCCCCAUGGCUGCCUGGCCAGUGAUCAGAGAUGAUGAGAUUUGUACAUAUGCGGGGAAUAAGAAGCAUAACAAUAUGUUUCUGUAUCUCUCCAAGCACAAGAACUGGCUGUUCACCCAGCUUUGCCGCCAUCCCUUUUUAAAUACAUAUUUGUAAUUGAUUUUCCCUUUGUUGAAACACACACAGGUUUCUGGAGAGAGAGAAAGCAGAAAUUAAACAUAAUUUGGUAGCUAGUAUAUAAUUAGCCAAUGUGGAAAUCAGUUCUCAGUGGCGGGCCGGGGAAAAAAAUCAACUGAAGGCAAAUGAGCUUUUUGACAGCUGAUGUAAACACCAGCCUUGCCUCGUGCCGGGUCAGACCAUUGGUCCCUCCGACUCAGCGUCAUCUGUGCUAACUGGCCUUCCGGGGUCCCAGACUCUUCCCCAGCCCUACCGGGCGACGUUACUUUACCACUGGGCCGGGCCCUUCCCUCACUCACGUAGUCUCCAAAGAAACAGUGGGCGGCUGCCACGUAUCGGGGGGCACCGCAGCCAUGCUUCCCCCACGCCGGACACACCUUCCCGCCGGGGGAACCAAGCUGGCAGAGCACACUUCCGGUGCAGCUGCGUAUGCCGUCCCCUCGCUCUCGGGGAAACGAAGGCCGAGGCGCGGCGGACGAGUUCCCGCAAGCCUUGGGCCAAUCACCGCGCAGGAACGAAGCGGGUCUUUGUGACGUCGAAGCGGGAGGGGAAAUUCGAAUUUGUUUAUGCUUCUCCUCUUCUGUACGCUUGCCAAAGCGCCGGAGCUUCGCGGUGAGAGCGAGCGGGAGGAAAUGCCCGCGCCGGCGGGAAGGGGUUGCAUGUCGCAUGGCGGCUGGGCCCGCACGUGAAUGGGUUCUGGAUUUCCCUGGGGCCGGAGCGUGGAGGGGGGGGGGAGGACUCGCAAUUCGGAAUUCUUGCCUGUAACCGCUUUCGGGCAAAACUAACACGCCCAUCAGCAGCUGCGUCGUUUUUCUUUCCCCCCUAACAGCCCAGUCCUAAAAGCAUGUUUACUUUACUCAGGAGUUAGGGCUGCUAUCCGGUGCACGUUUAUCUGGGAGCUGAAGUCCUCACUGAACGCAGAGGGGCUUAUUUAGAGAAAACGUUCGACUCCUUUACUUAAAACGAUAGGAAUGCUGUGCACGACAGAAUAAAGCAACCCAAAUGUCAUGCUAACAUUCACGAAGCAGUAAAACCGGGUAUUCAAAUAGCAGAGGCUCCUAAAUCCUCUGAGCAAAGAAAAACAUCUUUAGUCAUCGGCGCAAUGCCAGCAGCGCCUCGCACCUUUCCAUGAAGCGUGCCUUGGAGAAAGCAAACUCCCGUCAGUGGUUUGACUAAGGCAAGAGAGAAGAUCAGAGACAUCGGUCCCGACACAGAAGCAUUUGCCAGUGUUUAUAAACAUUAUGGCAAUGAGCGGGAGAAGCCCCAAACAUCCCUCGCUACCAAACUUAGGGCAGAUAAGUGAGGAAUGCACUUCUAAAACAAGUCUGGUUAGUCUGGAUGCUGGCGUCUACCUUAGACUCACGGGCAAUGGGGCUGCAUUGCAGAAUUAAUGGAGAAGGAAAAAUGAGCGGAUAUUGCUGGUUGCCCCGUCCGGCCUCAUGUCAACACUGCUAUCUGCAUUUUAUUCAGUUGGGGCGGGAAGGAUCCAGGAUACCUUUAAUUAGGACUAGCUUCAAAGCCACCAUACAGUGAGCAUGCUUUGGAAUUCAUCUUUUUAAGACUUCUCACAAAAAAGCAAACCCACGGGGAGAGAGGACCGGAAAAGGCUUUAUUUGCAGCGGCAAUGGGAGGUGCUUUUGCAUACUUAAUGUUGGAGUGAACGCCCGGUGAUUGCUCUCCCUUUAAAACCAGAAAAGCCACUGGUGAUUCGAGACGGAGGAGAGAGGCGUAUCGGAGGUACAGCUACCUUAUAUCCCAUAAGGACCGUUAUUGCUGCUAAGCAGGCUAGCCUAGCUACAAUUCAGAAAGCUGUUUCUAAGUAGGUUACAAAUGGAAACAGGAUAUGGGAAGUAGGGGGAGUGGAGGGAGAGGAACAGCAGGUGAGAAAAUGGAGAGAGAAAAAUACAAAUCUGCAGCUUCUACUAAAAAAAUGUACCAAAUUAGGUUUCUAGUAAUGAACUACAGCAAAAUGUUGUAUUUGUCUUUCUUUCACUGUUUGUCAAUACUUUCUGGUAACCAAUUCGCAGCAUAAAUUUCACAAACCAAAUCAAACCCAAAACUUAUCAAGCCAAACCCAAAUUCAUGCUAUUUUCAUGUAGGAUGGUUCCUGAAAAACAUGGAGUGGCCAAACGAAGGUGAGCACUGGAAUAUCCAUUGCACUCUAUGACAUGAUUCAUAUGUAACAUUAAGGCAAACCAUGACUUACUACAAACAAGCAAAUGUGUGGGUUCCUGUAGCAAAGAUCACAGCUGCUUCACCUCUUCCCUGGUCCUGCUGCUGCCACCAAUUUAGGGCUAAGCUAUGGUUUGGCUUAACACUAGGUAUGAAUCCAAGCUCAUAGUUUGUAUCACUCCAGACAAAGCAUGAGCUAUAACUUUUGUUCAAGGUUUGAAUGUAAUGCUAAGCCAAAGUAUGGUUUAGCCCAGAGCAGCAGAACUGAAGGAACAGCUCAUGUUUGCUCAUUCAUGCUAAGUCAUGGUUUGGCCUAGUGUGUGUGUGUGUGUGUGUGUGAAUUGCUACUCACAACUUUCUAACUGGAUGCAUUGAUUUUGGUUUCUGACUAGUUCAGUGUAUACUACUUAGGUCCAAAGCAACUCAUUUCUGAAUUUUAUAUCAACAAUCUUCUCCCUACCCCUAUAUAUAUAUAUAUAUAUAUAUAUAUAUAUAUAUAAUGCACACAGGGGCUGCAUGUAAACUGAAAUAUUUUGAGGAAGUGGAGUUUUAUUAUUUUUAUGUCAUGCGAUAUUUAGAGCACAUCUUGCUGUCAGAUCUUCUAUAGAACUAGGUGCACCUAAUCCAGUGAUUUCAGUUAACUUGGGUGCAUCUAAUUCUGCAUAGGGCCAGGCUGUUAGUUGUACAAGUUCAGCGUCCCUUAGCAUCGGUAUUGUGACUUUCUACCAUUCUCAGUACAUAUUCAUGGGAAGUGGAUCAAGAAUAUACACGUGUUUUAAUUUCCUGUUCUGCAAAAUAUUCCCCACACAGUUUUGGGAAUGGCAUCUUCAAUACCCAAGCAUUUUAACUGAGAAAAUCUCAGUUCUACUGCAAGCCAGGAAUUACCUUUCUCUGGGAGGAUUCCGGCUUGUAUGGAGGUGGUAAUUGUGGUGAUUCCUGCAUAAAGUUGGUAAUAUGAGCAGGUAGGUAGUCAGGGCUCAGUGAGUACUUGUAAUAAUAAUGAUUUAUUCUUUUUCUCCAGAUAUAAAAUUUAUUAUUGAUGAGAGACUGGAUUUUAGUCAGUCUUCUUCUUUUGACGGGUAAGGUUCAUUGACAAAUCUAAUCCCUGGUGAUAUAAAUUGGGGUAUGUGGCAGUACACAGGCGACUUCUCCUGUCCCACCCCCAAAUCUGUAAAUAGCUACUGUAAGGCUUCAUUAAGCAGGUCUGUCAGAAUCUGUAGCAAGGCUGCAGUGCUUGCUUAAAGUGUGUCUGCACUGCUAGUAUGUAUCAAUGGAUCAAUCGCCUGCGUAGAAAGACCUGCCCCUUUCCUUUUGUAGAGAGACACUGGAACAGAAUGACGUGUCACAGCUGUAAGCAGGUUCUGAUGGAAACAAUUUCUGCAGGUCCAAAUGUAAUGUGCAGCAUCCUUUUGCUGUGCAGUGGUACCUUGGUUCCCAAACUCAAUCCGUUCUGGAAGUCCAUUCGACUUCCAAAACGUUUGCAAACCAAGGUGUUGCUUCUGAUUGGCCCUGGAAACAAUCCUGAUAGCCAAAACAGAUGUUUGGCUUCCCAAAAACGUUCGCAAGCCAGAACAACACUUCUGGGUUUGUGGCGUUCGGGAGCUGAUUUGUUCAGGAGCCAAGGGAACCAUGGUAUCACUGUAGUCACUUUCCUGCUUUAGAACACUCUUCUCCCUGGAGAAGCUUGCAAUGCCUGGUUGAAAGAUACUUAUUCCUGCAAGGUUUUAGAGAUACUUAAGUCACUCUGGUACUAGCUGGUACCUAAAGUCUUAGUCUGUUUGAUAUGCUGCUGUUUGAUCUGUAAUAUAAGGGUAUUUUAGUAUGGGUUAAUUUAUUGGUAUUAUGAUUUUAGUUACUGGGCCAGAUCCACCCAAUGUGCUUGCAGAAGCCACCCCAAUGGCUCCCACCAGCACAGUGAGGCCUUUCUCCCCACGGCCCCACAACUCCCCCAAAUCCACUCCUCCAGAUUGGGAGAACCCCCAGAUCAUGGGGAGGAAUGCGGGGAAGCUUUGAAUAGCAUGUCGUUGAAUCUUUCCCACUAUGCUGGAAACAGAGUGGAUAGUCUUUCAUAGUGGAAUCUUUCCCACUAUGUUGGAAACAGAGUGGAUAGUGGAAUCUUUCAUAGUGGAAUCUUUCCCACUAUGUUGGAAACAGAGUGGAUAGUGAUUUAAAUCAAGUCUUACUGACUAGUCAGUAAGACUUGAUUUAAAUCACUAGUCACUAAGACUUGAUUUAAAUCUUUUCUUUUUUUUUACAGAAAGACUCAUUCUCGCUGGUAUAAUCUUAAUAUUUACAACAAGAGGAAGGUUUCAUUUUUGGAAUAAUAAAUUUUCAGAGUAGUUUUUACAGUUAUAUCAUAAAUUACUGAUUUGGUUAUACUAUUAGAAAUACAUAGACAGAUAAUUAUGAAAUUAUUGUGAGGUUUAAUAAGUUAACUGUUUAUAUUUGGACAACUUUUUUGCUGUACUUUAUUGGAAGGAGAAAAAUAAUCAUUUCCUUAAUAACAAUUUAAACAAUUUAUUUAACUAAAGCAAUAACAUUAUAGGAUAUGUAUCGAUGUUUGUUAACUGAUGUGUUUAAACAUUUUUUAUAUAUAUAUAAAAACUUAGACUGAGUUUUAGCACACAUGAAAAACUUAAAACAAAUCCUUAUUUCCUGAUGAAUAGCCUUUGGACUAUAAUGUAACUUAAAUAGAAAACUAUCUUUAGAAAGAUUUUUCGCCCAAAAGCAUUUUAUUUUUAAAAUCUGAUUUUUUAAAAAAAAUCUGAUUUAAAUAUUUUAAAAAUCUGAUUUUUAUUUUAAAAAAAAAAUCAUUGAUUUUUAUCCACCCUGGUUGGAAACCACCCUGUGAUUACUUCGAAGUGAAGGGCAGUCUAUAAGUUUUGUUUCUCAAUAAGGGGCCACUCCAAGAUCCUGGCCCACAGCGGUGGGGCUUGAUGGAGUGACUCAGUCAUUGCCACUUCCACAGCCCUGCUGCUAACGCCAGCCAGGGUGCAAGGGAGGGGAGAGAAUGCCUUCUUGCUGUGCCAGCUGACUCAGCAAAGAGGCUGGAUCAGGUCCAUUGCCAACAGGUACCAGCAGACCCUGUGCCAGCCCAGCCCUCUCCGGAAACUCCCUGCUUUGGGGAUUUGUGCUGGCUUUGGGGGUGCAGCUGGUGGCAGCUUCUCUUCCCCACUUGGAUGGGGCUUCUCCCAGCAGCAGAGGCUGAGGCCAGCUGGCUGGGGCUAGGCAGAAGGACACCCUGGCCACAUCCAAACCUUCCAAUGCCAUAGAAUCAUAGAAUUGUAGAGUUGGAAGGGACCCGAGGGUCAUCUAGUCCAACCCCCUGCAGAUUGCUGUGUUAAUAAAAUAAUACAUUUCUAAUCAGAAAUCAAAGACACGUCAUUUGAAGCACUAGCGUUCAGAAGUAUGAGAUGAUCAGAACCCUCCGAACUGAAGCAUGGGAAGUCCUAUUAAAAAUGUGUAAUUUGACAGAAUAUUCAGAUUAUUUGAUAUGUAUAUGUAUAAUCUGGAAUAUUUAAUGUGAUUUGAUUGGAUUGUUAAAGUGGAAAAUUUAAUAAAAAUGGAUAAAAAGAAAGAAAAAGCACUAGCGUUCACAAGCUUUAUUCAGAUUUUAUCCCAAAACCGAUGCUUUGAAUUCUUCUGUGGGAUGGGAAGCCUCUCUCAUUGCAUUCCUUUUUGCACAGUGCUUGUAUAUUUUGCCCAAUGCAGUUCCCUGUUGAUUUUUGACUUUCUUGCUUCAGACAAGAGGAAGAGGAGGAGGUCUCUGGCAUUUGCCCCACAGAAUCCAGUGAAAGGUCAAUUGACACAAACUUUUUUGGGAGGGAGAGUGAAGGCAAGGCCUUGUUGUGGAGCUCUCUGAGUCCCGAAAAGCUAGAGGAGAUGAUGAGCGAAGCCAACAGGCUGGCUGCACUGAUGGAGGGGUGUGAGCUGCUGGAGAAGGAGAACGGCAGCUCUGAGACGAGGCUUGAGAUGGUUCCAGAUUUUGAACCUUUGCCCUCCAUUGAAUCUUUGCAUGCGGUGAGGAAGGACUCAAGGGCCCCCAGACGAAGGACAUUCAACGUGACCAACAGCCCUCUGCAAGCCCUGCUGCCAACCGUGGGACCUGAAAGCUGCUGUUCUGUAGGUUCCCCCAAAGCUCCACUUCCAGACAUGGGAAGUCCUACUUCCUGUGUUGCAGACCCACCUGUUCCCAAAAGACGCCAGAAUAAAUCAAAUGCCUGCAUCCCCAACACCCAGCUCCCCAAGAAAUCCCGGCCCAAUCAGCCACUCAAGUCACUGGCAGCAACAAAAUCUCUGGACAUUAAAAAGGUACAGUGGCAGGAGCGGGAUCAAUGCAAAUUUCAUUUGGAGCACAAAGUAUGUGCUCAGGGAAUCCCUGGCUUUGAUCCCGAUUCUCUUCCUGAGCUUGCAUGUGCCAAUUACUCUUAGCUGUGACUCAGUCUGCAACUCUGUGCCCACUUAGCUUGGCAUAAUCCUACUGAACUAAAUGGGACUUGUUUCUCAUAAGACACACAGUCAGUUUCUGUAGCUGCAAAUGCCCUAUGAAUCAUGCUGUUUACACUUGCAUUUGAUGAGGGAUCUUCUCUUGAAUCUGAUCUCCAACCCACGUUCUGUUGAGUAAUUUCCCAGGGCUGAGAAACAGCCUGGGCCCAGAGGAAUGUAAAAGGGCACCUUCACGCAGAAGGCUCCAGGGUUCCAAGUUGUCCUUCUCAGAGGUGUAUAGCUUGUUCCCACUUCUUUUCCAAAGCUCCAGCCUGUUUCUUGUGUCUUUUGUCGCAGACAAUUACCAGGUCCAGCAGGAAGGAAAGAUCAACUCCACCCACCCUUCCCACGCAAAAUAAGAAGCCCCUGCCAAGUCUGAGGCCUCCCCUUCAAACCAACAGGCAGGGACCUUGGAGGGAAACAGAGAAAUCAUCUGGCAAGGCCUCUUCUUCGGAGGGAUCCCAGGUAUUUCUGAUGGGCGGUACCAAGGAGGGGCACACACAGCAGGCAGGGUAGAAUUAGGCAUAUCUUUGAGUGCAAAAAUAUUCAGGACAGAGCACUUCUUCACACUGUGCAUAGUUGAACUAUUCACUCCCACACGAGGUAGUGAUCACCACCUGCUUGGAUGUCUUUAACAAAUUAGUGGAGGGGUGGGACUGUUAAUGGCUGCUAACCACAAUGGCUAGGAUUCCACCUCCAAUGAAACCGAGAUAUGAAAGCUAGGAGCAAAAUGGCUCCUUAUAUCUAGGUUAGGGGCGCAACAGCGGAAUGUCUAGGCGUGCUUUUUUAUAACAAGAAUACAAAGCUGAAAAUGAAUGAACUGCAGCCAGAGUUCAUUUUUCACAUGCUCUAGUCCUUCCCCUGUCCACCCCCCUAAUAUUCUUGAGAGGGUCUCUUCUCCAGUCUUCAGAGACUACCUGGAAGUGGGGAGGUAGAAAAAGGUCCUCCUUUCCUUCUACUUUGCAGUUUUAAUCUGAAAUCUUAGGCUCAGUACUGCACCCAGAGCUCAGAAACUGCUCAUGCUAAUGAAAUUCCUUGUUGCAAAAUGCGCCUGGAACAAUGGGAGUUUCAAACACUGGUCUCUGCAUGUCAGUGGUUGGGAAUCGCAGGCAGGGAGGGCGCUGUUGUGCUCAGGUCCUGCUUUGUGUCUUCCCACAAGUUGGUUGUGAUGAGAGCAGGAUGCUGGACUAGGUGGGCCAUUGGCCUCAUCUAGGAGGUUUCUUAUGUUCUUUAACAGUAUGCAGAAUAUAGGUUCCCUAAACUAACCUCUACAGGCGUGCCUAGCACUGUUUACCUUUGUUAAUGUGAAUGUACAUUCUGGAAAUGGAACUCCUGCAUGUUACUUGUGCAACUCAGUUUGUCCACACACAUGCAGCCAUUGCAGCGAGGCCUGAUGUACUCCAGUGCAACUGCUGUUAAUGUUAAGCAGCCAUUCCCAAGAGAUAGUUGCUUUUUUGCAUUCUCCCCACUUGACUAGGGAGAAAUAACCAUAGUGGUGGCUGCUUUUGACAUAGCUUGCUCUUCUUUUAAAAAUCUUGCUGCAUUAGCUUGGCCUUCAGGAUCCACCUAGCAAAGGUAAAAAACCAGUACCAUAUGCAAAAGCAAGGCUGGGCCCCAGGCUGGAUCCGCUGAAGACUGGUCCUGUGAAGAAGGCCUCUGUUGCUCCAGAAAAGGUGGCGCAUCUCCCAAAGGCAAAUGCAAGUAAGUUGUGGUAGACGGUGCAUCAUUUGGAUUUAGUCUUCUUCUCCCUCCCACUCCCAUGAAAGGUCAGUGCCCAGUAUGAAGACACCAGAGCACAGAAUUGGGCGUAAGAGUUGCCUUGCUGAUGCAGACUGAGCUUGCAAUCCUAUUCACCCUUACCUGGCAGUAAGUCCCAUUGAACCCAUUGGGAGGAAUUCGAUUCAAAGUAGUGCUAUGGCAAUAAUUCUGCCAGUGCAAGCUUUUCAGCUUGCUGGGCAGAAUGGUCCGCCCCCACCAUGUGCUGUUCUGGGGUUUCCCCAAAGCUGCCAGCCAAUUUUGGGAGGCACAGGGGGGAACCCUGUUGUUUUAGCUUCUCCUAGUGGAACUUCGUCACUUGAAUGAGGCCCAAUAGGACUGACUUCUGAGUAUAUAUGUAUAGGAACGUGCGGUAAAAUUAUAAAAUUCAGUUCUUAACCUAGCACACCCAUUAUUUACCAGGUGCUUAGUACUUAAACGUCUGGUCUUGAAGGCUUCGUGUCUGCAGCAGAAGAUACUAUUUAACUUAUUUGGAAAUGUGUGAUUUGGUCCCUGUGCAGAUUCUUAGAGGGCUCCCAUAGCUUGUUUGCCCCUGCUGUGAAAACUGUCUGACUUUUGUUUCAUGCUUGUUCAGAAAGUCUAUGUGUGCUGUAAGACAGCUUCUGUCUCUUCUCCCACAACUGCUAAGUGCCCAACCUCUGCUGGUCGCUCCUUAUCAACAUAUCUGUUUAUGCCUGCUUUCUCUUUUUCUCUGCAGGUCAGGUGACAAGUAUGGGUGGCAGCGCCCCACAAUUGCAGGCCAGCUACAAGCCUCACAGCAGUUGUCGUGAGAUUCGAACCAGGAACACGGCCAAGUCUGGGCUGGCAAGCAGACUGCCGGUGUUAAACUCUAACAGUAAGCAUGCAGUUCCAGAAUGACCCAGGCAGCUUAAGUCACUGGGUUUGGGAGUGGGAUCUGGCAGGAAGGAUCUUCUGGGAGGAAAGGGAAGAAAACACUGAGAGGGUUUUGAAGGAAGCUGGUCCUUCUAGCUCAGUACAGCCUAGAGUGAAUGGAAGCAGCUCUCUAGGAUUCCAGGCAUCUUUCCCAAGGCUACCUGGAUGUGACAGGGAUUGAACCUGGGGCAACCUGCAUGCAAGGUAGAUGCUCUGCUGUGGCCCUUUCCUAGUGGUCCUGUUUGCAAAGGUGCUUCUAGGAAGGCAGGACACCCAAGCGUCCCUCAGCUGUGACUGAUAUGGCUGGACUCCUGUGGAGCAAAUGCUGGUGCUCAAUCGGAUAUAGGUCCAUUAGCAUGACCUGCAUCAGUACACUGCUCUGCCUCUGGACUGUGUUCCCUUCCUCCCAUUAUUUGCAUAUUUAUUUACGACUGGCUCUCAAGGUGCCAUCACUUGGUGUGUGGGUGUGUACACACCUUCAGAUCAUUCAGGUUUCAACUAAACAACUUCAGCUGCAAUUUCCAACUUUGUUCCAAGCCGUUUCCAUCCCUGGAAACCAUGAACAAACCCCCAAACCAAGCCGGGAAACACAGAGUGAAAUGGCUGAACUAAAAUUGUCCUGGCAAGUGCACACUUCUUUCAAAAGGUAAAGGUAAAGGGACCCCUGACCAUUAGGUCCAGUUGUGGCCAACUCUGGGGUUGCGAUGCUCAUCUUGCUUUAUUGGCCGAGGGAGCCGGCGUACAGCUUCUGGGUCAUGUGGCCAGCAUGACUAAGCCGCUUCUGGCGAACCAGAGCAGCGCACGGAAACGCCAUUUACUUUCCCGCCAGAGCGGUACCUAUUUAUCUACUUGCACUUGGAUGUGCUUUCGAACUGGUAGGUUGGCAGGAGCAGGGACCAAACAACGGGAGCUCACCCCGUCACGGGGAAUAGAACCGCCGACCUUCUGAUCGGCAAGUCCUAGGCUCUGUGGUUUAACCCACAGUGCCACCCGCGUCCCACUUCUUUUAGGAACUGCCUAUUGGCCCAUUUAACUCAGAACCGCCUGCACUGGGGAUGAGUUUCAGACAGAGGUCCUUCCCAGUCCUACCUGUAGAUGCUGGAGAUUCAACCUGGGACCUUUUGCAUGCAGUAGUUCUCCUAUUGGGACAUGGGCCUUUUCCAAAGCAUCACAGUUGUUCUGACCUCCUACAUGCUGAUCUCUUGAAUUUCUCUCCCCCCUUAAAGCGCCUGCAUUUCAACAGACAGUCCCUUCUGGCACUUCCCAGAACAGCAGGCUGCGACUGCCCAAGAAGGCAACCUCUGGCAAGUCGAGGUGAGGCUCUUUUCAGAGGCUGCUUAUACCUGCUGGGCUUCUACCAUAGAUCUCCUCCAUCACUGUCAGGGUCUGGGUUCAUGUUUUUGUUUUUUGUUAUGUUUCAGCCUUGCAGUGAACAGAUCUGGGACUGGAUGAGUGUGAAACCACGGAGCAUUGCCUGCUCUUUCCCUUUUAACGACAUUCCUGGGUGCUGUUAACGUAUGGCCCAAACUUGCAUGGUGAAGGAGGAGCUGCAGCCUGGGAGACUUGGCCAAGGCUUUGCUGACAGAGAGAACCACACCUCCAUGAUCACUGGCAGAGGGCUGGUGGGAAUUGGGAGUCAAAACGAUUACCUGGAGGGACUACAGGUCAGCCUUGUAGAACCUCUGCUAUAUGAUUAGGUAUGUCUGUCUGUACUGUGCUUAUGUUUGUUAAAAUAUAUACUUUUCUAAUAAAACAAAAUAAGCUUUUUAAAAAUAAAAUCAAUGAGGAAACCUAGUCUGAACAUGGAAUACUGUAAUGUGAAUAGCUAUCAGACUAAUGUGUGGAUCUGAGACACAAUGGAACAGAAAAUCUAUUACCGCCUUAGUCAAGCAAUGUGCUGGGAGGUGAGAAUGUAUAUUAUUGUUGUCUAGGUAACAACAGCUGCCUCCUUCCUCUGGGUGUGAGUGUAUGGAUGAACCUCCAUACAGCCUUUCCUGGAACUGGUGG